AUGGCCGAACAUGAAGAGACUGCUCCCGAAGCUGAUGAAGAAGAAGAAGAAACUCUCGGCUACAAACCCCCGGCUCCCAAGGCUCUGGAGGAAAUUGUCAAACAAGAUGCAGAAGACGAGAGUCUGGCAAAGUACAAGGAAGCAUUGCUGGGUGGAGGCCUGUCUGGGAAUGUGAUCAUUGAUGAGACAAAUCCCAACAAAGUGAUUGUACAGAAGCUAUCACUGCUUGCAGAGGGCAGAGACGAAGUGUUCAUAGAUCUCACUAAGCCUAAAGAAGAUAUUAAGAAGGAAUCAUUUACCAUGAAGGAAGGCUGCAAGUACCAGAUCAAAAUAUACUUUUAUGUACAGAGGGAUAUUGUUGUGGGCCUUCGGUAUGAACAGAAAGUCAGCAGGAAAGGAGUGCAGGUGAGCAAGAUGACGCAGAUGAUGGGUAGUUAUGGGCCGAAGCCCGAACUUCAGUCCUUCACCACGGCAACAGAAGAAGCUCCCAGCGGCAUGCUGUAUCGGGGCAACUACAAUAUCAAGUCACGGUUCGCUGACGAUGACCAGAACAAGUAUGUGGCCUGGGAAUGGAAUUUGGCUGUCAAGAAAGACUGGGAUUAA